GGGACUGCAGAGUCCCAAGCUACUGUGCAGUCUGCAGAAGGCUGAGGAAGAGACCUAAGGGCAAAAGGAUGGCAUCAGAAGGGGAAAUCAUCAACCUUCAAGCGGGGAAUCCUGGCUCAAGGAGGGACAAUCCAGUCAACAUCAACCACUAUGCAACUAAGAAGAGUGUGGCAGAAAGCAUGCUGGAUGUGGCGCUGUUCAUGGCCAAUGUCACACAACUCAAAGCGGUGCUGGAGCAGAGGGUUUCAUUCCAGUAUUAUGCCACCCUGAUAUCGCUCAUCAGCAUCUCUCUCUUCUUCCAGGUGGUGAUUGGAAUUCUUCUUAUCAUCAUUGCUCGGCUGAACCUGAAUGAUGUGUCAAAGCAGCACCGCCUGAACGUGCUCAAUAAUGUUGCCACGGCUCUGAUCUUCAUCACCGUCAUCCUCAACAUCUUCAUCACCGGCUUUGGUGUGCAGAAGACUGGUCUCUAGGCCUGGAGAGCAAGGGAAUCAGGUUGUGUGUGUGGCACCAGCUUUAGGGUCCCUUCCUUCAAUUUUUUUACAGACCUCAGCAGAAUCCUACCAGCUGAGUGGAGACACAGAACGCCUGAAUUACUCUUUAAAAAUUGUUUGUAAAGUAUUUUAUGCAGGUUGUUUGUAUAAAGCAUGUGUAGCUUUGCAGGAAUGAAAUUUCCAUUGAUUUUUCAACGCUAGUGCAAGUUGUGCAGUGAUUUCUAGAGAGCGUCACAAAAAGUUGCAAAAAAGCAUUUUCCAAACAUGCUCCUGUGCAUAGGUAACAACAACUUUUCUCUAAUUUUAAUUUUAACCAUACCGUGUCCAGAUAUUUUGUAACUGGCAACAUUUAAAGUAACACUAUCAAACAGUUUAUGUCUCAAAUAUAGGUUGGUUGAUUGGUUGUUUUUGUGGGAGGAAAGGAGCGGGUGUGUGUGUUAUGAUGACUAAUAGGAAUAAAAAUGUUUUCUUCAAGGUUGCUUAAAAAAAUCAAAUGAGAUGCUUUUUUGAAAACCAUUAAACAUUCCUCUGCAGUGCAGGAAACCUAAACCCCACAGCAAAUAGAUACUAUGCUUAGAUACCACCACAAGGACCUUGUUAGAAAUCCUCUAUGGAUAACAUGGGGGUACGGUAGGAGAAAUAGGAAAUGAAGCUCACUAAACACAGAAAGUGAAACAGACCAGUCUAGCUUCACUUGUCUACAUUAACUCAGGUGCAAAAAGUAAACAAACAGCAUAUACAUGUUCAAGAGUAAACUGGGUUUAAACCUUUUUUGGUGUUAUAAUUAAAGGUGUUAUCAGUAACAGGUAUGCUAUUAAAUACAUGAUUUUUA